AUGGCUGCUAAAAACCCUCUUUCAGAAGAAGAGUUUUCAUGUCCAGUGUGCUGUGAAAUCUUCAGUGAUCCGGUUAUCCUGUCGUGUAGCCACAGUGUGUGUAAAACCUGUCUGCAGCAGUUCUGGAACACUAAAGGAUCUCGAGAAUGUCCAGUUUGUAGGAGAAGAUCCUCAAAAUCUGACCCUCCCUGUAACCUCGCAUUGAAGAACCUGUGUAAGGCUUUCGUAAAGAGCAGGCAUCAGAGAGCUUCAGAGGUGCUCUGCAGUCUGCACAAUGAGCAACUAAAACUCUUCUGUCUGGACGAUCACCAGCCUGUGUGUGUGGUGUGUCAGACUUCAAAGAAACAUAGCAAUCACACCUGCAGUCCAGUAGAUGAAGCUGUACAUGACUUUAAGAAAAGCCUCCAGACUAAUUUGGAGUCUAUGCAAAAGAAUCUGAAACUCUUAAAGAAAGCUAAAGGCACUUUUGAGAAAACAGCAGCCCAUAUUAAGACACAGGCCCAAAGCACAGAGGAGCAAAUAAAGGAGGAAUUUGAGAAGCUUCACCAGUUUCUAAGAGAUGAAGAAGCAGCAAGGAUAGCUGCACUGAAGGAGGAAGAGGGGCAAAAGAGUCAGAUGAUGAAAAGGAAGAUUGAGAUGAUAAACGGAGAAAUAUUAUCUCUUUCAGACACAGUUAGAAAUCUUCAAAAGGAUAUGGAAACUGAGGACAUUCCAUUCUUACAAAACUUUAGGUCUACAAUGAAACAAGUUCACUGCAUACUAAAAGAUCCAGUGAAGGCAUCAGGUGCUCUGAUCGAUGUUGCAGAACACCUUUCCAACCUGAAGUUCAGAGUGUGGGAGAACAUGCAGGAGAUUCUCCAGUACACCCCGGUUACUCUGGACCCCAACACUGCCCAUUCAGACCUCCACCUGUCUGGUGAUCUCACGACUGUAGAUAUCAGAACACAUGAACAGUCACUUCCUGAUAAUCCUGAGAGAUUUGACCAGUACAUGUGUGUUCUGGGUUCUGAGGGCUUUAACUCAGGGGCACACUGCUGGGACGUUGAGGUUGGAGACGGCGAUUACUGGAUACUGGGUGUGAUACCAGAGUCUGCGCCAAGAAAGUCGUACUCUUCCUGGAGUUCAGUGUGGUGUCUGAGCUCCAGUAAAACUCACAAUAAAUACCUGACAUACUGCCCAGGAGAGCCAGAUAACCAUCUCUCACUGGAAGAGAAACUCCAGAGGAUCAGAGUGCAUCUGGACUGGGACAGGGGUGAAAUAACAUUUACUGAUCUACUAACCAGCACACACCUGCAUACCAUAACACACACUUUUACUGAGAGAGUGUUUCCAGUUUUCUGUAAUGCCAGUGCUGUCAGCCCCCUCAGGAUCUUACCGUUAAAGAUAUCAGCUUUUUAACAGCAUUUCCAGUAUAUGUACACACACUCUAGCAUGAACUUUCAUUGAAAAAUUUGUAACAUUCAUCUUUCCAUGUUGUUCACAUGUGAGCAAUACCUUCUCAUUUGUAUUCACAAUCCUUAAGAUCCUGAUCAUUUAUAUGCUGCGUUAAACCACACGAUUAACAGAGAAGAGCAGAUUAAAUGGUAGAAAUAGCCAGCUUUUGCAUCAACCUGGAAGCGUUAACCAUGUUACAGAGGUAGGCAAAUGUUAGGGGUUUUGCUCAUUGACUCUAACUGAUAUAGAGCAGCGUGCUUGGUCUAGCUGGGGAAAUCAGCUUUGUAUUCAGAAUGUACAAGGAACAUUGGUAACAUGGGCCUGGAUGAGUCGUGAUUAUGCAAUG